CUUUAGAUGAACAUACUGUGAGUCUCUGUGCUCAGUUUAAUCACUGAUUCGGAUGUGAAAAAGGAGAUGAAUACACAAAGAGCAUUUACGAGGAAAUGACACCGGAUCAGAUCGACUCUCUUACUGACUCAUUUGUGCAGAAACUAAAACUGGAAAUGUGUAGAUAAGCUUUGUAUCCAGAUUCCUGCUCAGGAUCUUUCAGCAGAUAGGAACAAGUGGCUGGAGUCGGAGUCAGGAUCACCGGUGGUCCUAUUUUGAGCCAGAAGAUUGUGAGAAAGGAAGAUAUCAAUACAAGCUCCCUGUCUGCCUCUGAUCUGGUAUUUAAGAGCAUGUCAAAAGGAACAGAUGGUAAUGGAUGCUUGGUGGAACUGCCUGAGAAUGUGACAUCUCAGGAUAUUAAAGCUGAUGGAAAUAAAUCUAAUACCGUCCCAAAAAGUCAUCGGAAUGCAAAUGUGAAUCCAAAUGACCGCAUGACAUCAAAGAAUAAAGAGACUGAAGUACCUGAGAACAGGCAGUGCCAAAAGGGUGGAAGUAAAGAACCUACAAAUACACCAUCUCAGGAUGAGUCACCGUGGCUGGACCCCAACACUGAGACCGCCACAAUAGAUGACAUACCAAACACCGAAUUCCAUCCCGCCUGGAUUAGCGGAACCGUUUAUAACGCUGACACACACAGAAAUUACUUCAUGGAUGAAGCAAUCCAUCAUGUUGACCCUCGAAUACAGGGUACAGCUGGAGAGACUGUGGAAAGCUUUUAUCAUCCUGGAUCUGAUAUAAACGAGUUUGUAAUGGAGACGUUUCUCAAUUCUGUCUCAGAAAUCGGUGGAAUUGUAGGAGACACUGUUCAAAGCACUGACUCAGAAAACGGUGGAAUUUUAGGUGACGCUCCACAGCGUCUAACACACCAACCCUUCUCGCUCUAUUCAGCAGAGAGCAGUAAGAUUAACAGCCUGAAGGCCAAUGACAAUUACACAAUCUCAGAUAUUUUGUCUGACUCGGUUGAUCAUUUGGAGAAUGACGUGACUCAGAUGUCCAAGUCUCUUACUGUAAAUACAAAGACAGACACUGAAUCAGCAUCUUGUAUUUUUGAAGACCAGGUUCCAGACACGACAGGGGACCGAACGACUGAAAAUAACUCUGAUGUACGCCUGCUAAUCUCCAGCUUCCCUCAGACGCCGAUCAUAAUCCCAUCUAAGACUGAGGAAGAUAUUGACACAGAUCACUCAGCGAUGACGCAGAGGACGUACAGAAGUGACACGUCUAAUGAGUCGUGGGUCGAUGCUUCAGACGAGUGGGGAUUUCUUCCAGCUUCCCGUCUCACCCCGACAUCUUCAGACAACACCAGAACCUCAAAAACAGGAGCUGGUUCAUUGGAACUACCUACGAAUGAGAGCUGGUCAUCUUCUGACAGCUGGGCUAGUGCUUUAUCAGACCUGAUCCACAGAGAAGAUGUAGAUAUGAACAGGACGCAGGAUUUAGCAGUAAACAUGGACGGAGAGACGCAGUCAGGGUUAGAGGAAGAGGAAGACGAGCGUUGGAACGAUACUGAAGGAAGACUGGAAAACGAGUGUGUCUAUGGAUCUGAGCAGAGCAAUGAACUCUGGGAAGUAACCGAAGACGCAGCCUUCGAGGAGGAAGGUGAAAGAAAUCAUGGUGGCUUGAGCUUCUCACGUUACCCCUUCACGCCUGAGUCGGAGGUUCAGCUCCUCAACAGCUAUGAAGCAGAGCACCUGACGCUCAGGCGAGGAGUGAACCGGAGCGACGUGACACACCUCAAAGACAACGGCUCUUGUACGUUUCCUAGCAAAGGAGAGGUGGAUUUUAUUAUGCCACUUACAUCCAUCACUAUAGGAACAUCAUACCUCCACUUGAAAGAGGAUCCAGAUGUAUCAAGGACAUCCUUAAGGGAAGAAGUUAGACCAGAUCUGACAUUGAGCACCGGCGGAAAGUCCACCGUCGAGCCGUCGGACAGCCAGUUCUGUGACAUCACAAAACAAACUGGUGAUCAGGAUUCAUCUUCAUCGUCUCGUGAAGAUCAAAGGUACAAAACAGAGGCCGGUGACGUCAGCUCAGAACUUCAGAGCCUGAUCUUACACACCGGGGAGCGGUUAAUGAUCUGUGAGGAAAAGCACGUAGCAUAUGUGUCUUUUGACGUGGAUGACAUUCUGAGCUUUAAGAAGCACCCUGAGGAUCGUGGGGGUAUAAAACAAGUAAGAGGUGAAGCGUGCGAAAGAGACAACAAGAUGCCUCAUAAAACUCAGAAAAAGUCUUCUGAGAACAAAACACGCUCCAAUAAACACAAGGACAAAACGAACAACAACCAAACGAGCAAGAAAAGAGAGAACGUGAGACCAGAAGCUCACGACGAAGAGUCCGUAGGCGCAGAGGAAAGCGCAGUGACCACGUUCGAGACUAUCGUAAUAACAGAAGCGGUCACAUCCAGACCUCAGGGGAAGAAGAAAAAGAAGCACGAAGCAGCAAAGGUUGAAAACGAGCCACUGGUCGAGGUGGAAAAUGGAACAAAGCCAAAAAACACGAAGUCUAAAAACGAGACAGCAACAACGCAACCGAGCAAAGUGAGAGAAAAGCUCGCAAACUACGAAGGAAAGGAGGAGAAGGAUAAAGCAACUGAGGGAAAAACUAAAGCGAGUACAGAGACCUCCAGCGUGGUCUUGCCCGGUGCGCCGGACGAUGACAUCAUCAAACGCAGACGUAUAUCUGGGGACAAACCUGCAGCCGUAUCGAUUAGGACGAGGCCGCAGCUUCCUGCAAUCUUCCAGCAAAAGGAAAAGGAAGAUGUGGUGACGCAGACGAUUCAGACACCCAAAGAAGUCCCACGUGUCUUAUCUGACAUUGAAGCAGCUCCGGUGGUCGAUGAUCCUCAGAGCAUUUCUUUGUGGUGUCGCUUCAGUCACAUCAUGGCAGAUUCCUCCAUCAUGUGGGUGAAAGAAGGAGCGACGCUACGUGAGGAAAAGAAGAAGGUAGGAGACGAUGCUCGCGUCUCUCUGUCGCUGCUGAAACCCUGCAGUAAAGAUCUGGGGUUUUAUCGUUGUUCUCUGGUCACUGCUCUCGGUUCAGUGUCCACCUCAGACUUUCACCUCACAUCAGAAGUGCUGAUGGAGCUCGUCAUCCCGAACCAUGAAGCGUCAGAUGAGCGCAAAGCAAUAGACGGCGAGGAAGAGGACGUGUCCUGCGCUUCUCUCCUCUUUAAGGAUGACAUUCUGACUGAUCAGUAUUUUGGAGAGCAGCAGCACACGAGCAUUGUGACUGAGAAGGAUCAUUUUGGUGAGGGAAUGCACCGGAGAGCGUUCAGAACAAUGGUGCGCACCGGCAUGACACCUCUGUUCGGCCCCGGACACUCCUGCGUGCUCAAAGUACACAGCGCCAUCGGCUACGGCACCCAGAACAGCAACGAGGUGGUCCAGAGGAACUACAGCCUGGCUGUGGAGGAGUGUUAUGUACAGAACACAGCCAGAGAAUACAUCAAGGCCUACACUGACGUGGCCAAAUCUGCAGAGACCUUCGGAGAAGUUCCUGAAAUCAUCCCCAUUGUUCUGGUGCACCGGCCGUCCAACGCCGUCCCGUACGCUACGCUGGAGGAGGAGCUGAUUGGAGAUUUUGUAAAGUACUCUGUUAAAGAUGGGAAAGAGAUCAACCUGACGAGGAGAGACUCGGAGGCGGGACAGAAAUGCUGUGCGUUCCAGCACUGGGUUUACAUGCACACUGAGGGAAACCUGCUGGUUACUGAUAUGCAGGGUGUAGGUAUGAAGCUGACAGAUGUUGGAAUCGCCACCUGCAAAAAAGGUUAUAAGGGCUUUAAAGGAAACUGCUCCACGUCGUUCAUCGACCAGUUUAAAGCUCUUCAUCAGUGUAACCGCUUCUGUGAGCUGCUCGGCCUCACGUCCCUGCAGCCCAAAGCCAAACGGACCGCCCCCCCCAACCCCAAAACACAACCCGCCGCCAGGAAAAAGCCUUUUGGCCCCACUGUCAAGGGCAAAUCCUGAUUGGACGCUGGCCCUUGACACAGGAUUCUGUGCAUAAAUCAGAGUGAAUCUGGGUCUCACUUUCAAAGACAAUACGACGUGAUCAUUUUCUUUAGUUCUUGUUAACGAACAAGUCAUGUGCUGUGUUUCAUAUGGAGAUAAUAUGCUGCUGCAUCAGAUGCUAAUCAAUUGCUGCAUCAGAUGCUAAUCAAUUGCUGCGCUGCCAUAUGCAGAUGAUAUACAGUUGUGCCAUACAUUAAUCAGUUGCUCUUCUGUCAUAUGCAGAUGAUAUACAGAUGUGUUAUAUACAGAUGAUAUUUACAGAUGAUAUACAGAUGUGUCAUAUGCAGAUGUGUCAUAUGCAGAUGAUAUGCAGAUGAUAUACAGAUGUGUCAUAUGCAGAUGAUAUGCAGAUGAUAUACAGAUGAUAUACAGAUGAUAUACAGAUGUGUCAUAUGCAGAUGAUAUGCAGAUGAUAUACAGAUGUGUCAUAUGCAGAUGAUAUGCAGAUGAUAUACAGAUGAUAUACAGAUGAUAUACAGAUGUGUCAUAUGCAGAUGAUAUGCAGAUGAUAUACAGAUGUGUUAUAUACAGAUGUGUCAUAUGCAGAUGAUAUACAGAUGAUAUACAGAUGUGUCAUAUGCAGAUGAUAUGCAGAUGAUAUACAGAUGUGUUAUAUACAGAUGUGUCAUAUGCAGAUGAUAUGCAGAUGUGUCAUAUGCAGAUGAUAUGCAGAUGAUAUACAGAUGAUAUUUACAGAUGAUAUACAGAUGUGUUAUAUGCAGAUGAUAUACAGAUGUGUUAUAUGCAGAUGAUAUACAGAUGAUAUACAGAUGAUAUACAGAUGUGUUAUAUGCAGAUGCUACUCUAUCAUAUGAUGAUGAUCUACUGCUGAAUCAUAUACAGAUGCCGUAGUAGCGUGUAAUAUACUGAAGUACUGCUGCGUAACAUUAGUUGUUUACUCUAUAUGUUGUAUGCCGAUGAUAUACAGCUGUUUCAUGUAAUGUUGAUUAGCAGCUAUUUCAGUGUUUGUUGUUCAUAUGCGUUACGAAAAAUGAUGACUUUUGCAGUCAGUGUGUGAGCCAUAAAGCCAACAAGCUGCAUAUUAUUAUUAUUAUUUUUGUUUGAAUUGUUCCUUUGAUCACAUUUAGGACGUUUCAGUGAUGUGAAGUUGAAUGAAGUAACAUGAACACUUCAUGUAGCUGAAUCACAUUAGUCCUGAUCUGAACGUUGUUCUGUGGCUGAUAUUUAUAUUUAUUUUGUUAUAAAUAGUUUACAUUCACUUUUUAAAGGUGUAAAUAUUUUUUGUAUCGACGUUUCAUUGAACAACAAAGUACCUUUUGUACAGUUUCUUUGUGUGAGUGCGCUAGUUUGAGGAAAGUGUCAUGGCGGUGAAGUGAACGCUGAUCAAACAUCUCCUGCUGAGUGAUAAAGCCAGCUGUCCUCCUGCCUCAGGAAGAACGUGAACCUGUGGCCAGGUUUCCAGAGAGCCUGAUGUUCUGAAACCUUAUACACACGCUGGCCACGUUCAGCAGCUCCUCCUGAUUUAUGUGCCAUCAGCCUUAAGAAUUUUGGACAAAUCUGUUCAAGGUGAAAAUGUUUUUGUGUUGAA